CAAAGCUAUGGUCUGUCAGUCCUUUAUUGUUUGUCAUUGGCUUCCAAGUGAAACAGGUGUGGCUGUGGUGAUGUCAGUCAGAAUGGCUCCUCCCCUUCCUCUGAUCCUUCUGCUCAUCUUUCCAGGCGGUUGUAGUAGUGGUGGUGGUGGUGGUUGGGGUGUGACUCACAUCUCUUCACACAUCUGUGCACUAGAGGGCUCAUCUGUAAUAAUCCCCUGCACUUAUACAUACCCUCCUGGACAUCAGGUCAAGAACGUGUUCUGGACCACAACAGCAUUGGGAACAGGAAGAGAGCCUCCAAAUCUGUUUAAUGACCCUGAAUACAGACAUAGGAUUCAAUAUCUGGGUGACAAACAACACAACUGCACCAUCAGACUGACUCAUGUGAAACAGACAGAUUCACACGAGUACUAUUUCAGAUUCACAACUAAUAUAACAAAUGGGAAAUGGAUUGGGAGACCUGGAGUGACUCUUAAACUCACCGAUCUUCAGGUGGAGGCGUCCAAGAAAGUGAAAGAGAGAGAUUCAGUGACUCUGACAUGUAAAACCACCUGCAGACUGACUGAAGAAACAACAUUCAUCUGGUUAAAAAACAUGAAGUCGUUACGUAGGAGAUCAGACGUGAACAAUGAUACACUCAUCCUGCGCUCAGUUAGAAGAGAGGAUGCGGGCAUCUAUAGCUGUAGUGUGCGAGGACACGAUCUCAUAUCUCCUGAAUAUCGUCUCAAUGUCAUGUAUCCUCCAGAGAAGACUUUGGCGGUUGUGAGUCCUUCUGGUGAAAUAGUGGAGGGUGAUUCAGUGACUCUGACCUGCAGCAGUGAUGCCAACCCGCCUGUUUACACACACACCUGGUUUAAGGAAAAAUCACCCGUAGGAUCUGGAAACAUCUACAGGAUCACAAGUAUCAGAUCAGAUCACGGUGGAGAAUACAAGUGCAAGGUCUUCAAUGACUAUGGAAUGAAAUACUCAAAUGCUGUGAUUUUAAAUGUCACGUACCCACCAAGGAAUGUCUCAGUGUCCAUCAGUUCUUCUGGUGUAAUAGUGGAGGGUGAUUCAGUGAAUCUGACCUGCAGCAGUGAAUCAAAUCCACCUGUUCACAACUACAGCUGGUUUGAAGAGAAUCAAACAUCAUCUGUUGGAUCUGGACAGAGUUUCAGAGCUCUGGAGAGUGGAUGGUUUUACUGUGUGGCUCAGAAUAAACAUGGAUCUCAGAGAUCAGCUGCCGUGGCAGUCACGUUUGAUGGCGGUCAAAACGCUCUCCUGUAUACAGUUGCUGGGGUCAUAAGUGGACUUGGGGCCUUCUUUUUUAUUUUCAUCAUUUUAGUCAUUUGUAGGAAAAGCCAAAGAUCUAACGACAUCAGAGGAGAGCAGGAUAAUGACUCAACAUAUCAAAACAUGUCAAAGACGCACGAUGACGACAGAGCAAACAUAUACACAAAUUUCAUCCCUGCGUGCAGCAUCAAUCAGAGCGUCUGUGAAUCUCCUGCAGAUGUUGACUGCAAUUAUGACAUAUACAAAAACUUGGACCCAGUACACAUGUCCCCUGAAGAUGAUGUGUACUGUACACCUGAUGCCCUUUAUGAUGACCCCAGUGAUGCCAUAUACAUCAAUCCUGAAAUGUGCAGGGCCUUUGAAUCAAACAGCUUCUCCGGCUGUUCAGAGUCCCCAGCCAUCAUGGCCCCCAGCCGCAAGAUGGCCGCCUCUCCAGAGUUAGCUGACAAGAUGGUGGCUUCAAGGCACAGGCGUCUGGUCUCUAACCUGGAAGAUACUCUUCUGGCAUCUGUGCGGGUGGCUAAUGUCCCUAAGGUCCUGGAGGCGUCUGUUACUGAUGUCUCAUCCCUGGAUGCUGCCAAUGGCAUUGCUGGUUCCUCACGGCACGCAUUUCCGGAAAGAAAGAUGGCAGAAACCAAUCAUCCAACCUUAGGUAUUAAGGAUAUUCCACCAAAGUUACGCUCAUCACAGCACGAGGUUGCUAUGGCGACGUGUUUCACAUUAUCUCUGAUGUUUCUGCUCAUGACUGCUGAUGGUGAUGGUGAGCAGGAUUGGGCAGUGAAUUACAGUCCUUCAUAUGUUUGUGCAUUAAGAGGCUCAACAGUGAGAAUGUCCUGUACUUUAAAAUAUCCUCCUGACCAUGUGGUCAAUAAAACCUUCUGGACCAAAACUGCUGUAACUACUGAAGAACCAGAUGACAUGUGUUUGUACUCAGAAAACGGAAGAGUUCAGUGUCACAGUGGAAAUAAAGACACUCACAGCAUCACUCUGACAGAUGUGACAGAAGCUGAUAAACACGUCUACUACUGCAGAUUUACAACAUACAAAACAGGUGGUGAAUGGACAGGAGUUCCUGGAGUUCAGCUUGAUGUCACAGACCUCCAGGUGGAGACACAACAGAGAGUGAAAGAGAGCGAUUCAGUCACUCUUACAUGUAAAACCACCUGCAGACUGACUGAAGAAACAACAUUCAUCUGGUCCAGAAACACACAGAUAUUAACUGAACACACAGUGAAUGAGUUUCAUCUGCAGUCAGUCAGUCGUCAUGAUUCAGGAGUCUAUAGAUGUGCUAUAAGAGGACAUGAACGUCUGUCCUCUCCUGGUGUUUAUCUCAGUGUUGAAUAUCCUCCAGAGAAAACCUCAGCGUCCAUCAGUUCUUCUGGUGUAAUAGUGGAGGGUGAUUCAGUGACUCUGACCUGCAGCAGUGAAUCAAAUCCACCUGUUCACAUCUACAGCUGGUUUAAAGAGAAUCAAACAUCAUCUGUUGGAUCUGGACAGACGUUCAGCAUCACUAACAUUAAUUCACGUCUCAGUGGAGGGUUUUACUGUGUGGCUCAGAAUAAACAUGGAUCUCAGAGAUCAGCUGCUGUAUCACUCACUGAUAAAGGUAAACUGUAA